UUCCCCUUUCCAACAGUGAGCACUGAGCGGAGAGGCGGACAGCGGCUUUUUAAUGCGUGAAAACCCGGACAACAAACAACGAGGAAGUAUCGCGGCGGGUCGGCCAAACGAAUAAACUCCAACCGCGUGUCUGCAAGUGAAAUGACCAGAUUUGAAGGUUAAAGCGAAUCGGCUCUGCGCCUCUCAUCGUGCGCCCUCGCGACGGUUUUCGCACUCUCCAAUGCCCAAAGAGUGCAGGAGGAAGACCUCCAAGGACCUCGGGCUCUCUGGAACUGCAGUAAACGAGGGCUCGCGUUCAGAGCGAGGGGCAGCCGGGAAGACACGUCAGAUUUGCGAUGAUUUCAUUCAGAAAGCCGCUCAAAUCGCCCCGUUGUCCGCAAUCAAAACGCCGCCUGUGAUGGAUGCGCGCCGGGUACCGCAGGUCACCAUCACCCCGGAGGGAGGCGGCUCCUCGCGUGAGAUGCAGCAGGAGGACUGGGAUGAUGUGGUUGACGGUCCCCUGCGCAGGAAGCUGUCCAACUCCUCCAUCUCCUCCACAGGGUCCUCUGCUGUGGAGUCCGAGGAUGACUUACUCAGCGACAACGAGAGCAAAAGCAAAGGCAUCGUCACUUUGGAGCACCUGGUGGACGCUGGAGAGAGCAAGCCGUGGUGUAAGUUAAAGACCAUCGUACACUGGCCCUUUAGUGCUACCCAGAGGAGAAAACUGAACUGGGUUCAGCUAGCUGGACAUAAAGGAAACUUCAAAGCGGCAGAUGAAGGCAACAUCCUGAAGAAGUUCUCGGAAAAUGAGAUGCAGUGUUUCGAGAAGCUGAGGGGUGACGCGCUGCUCCCAUUCGUGCCCGGUUACCACGGCGUUGUGGAAAAAGAUGGAGAGUCUUUUCUUCAUAUGACUGACCUGCUGGCAAACUUUGAUCUUCCCAAUGUCGUGGACUGCAAGAUGGGAGUAAGGACGUACUUGGAGGAGGAGCUCGUUCGGGCGCGGGAACGGCCCAAGCCGAGGGAGGACCUGUACAGGAAAAUGGUGGAGGUGGACAGCGAAGGGCCGACUCCCGAAGAGCAUUCCCAGCGAGGCGUCACCAAGCCUCGCUACAUGCAGUGGAGGGAGACCAUGAGCUCCACCAACACCCUGGGCUUCAGGAUAGAGGGGAUCAAGAAAUGCGACGGCACAUGUCGGACUGACUUCAAGAAGACCAGAUCGAAGCAGGAUGUCAUCCAGGUGUUUAAAGACUUUGUCGGAGGGAACAACAGCAUCUUAAAGUCUUACCUGAGCAGACUGACAGAGAUCCGGCAGGCCCUGAAGAUGUCUGAGUUCUUCAAACAGCACGAGGUCAUUGGCAGCUCUCUCCUUUUUAUCCAUGACCACACGGGCAAUGCCCAGGUCUGGAUUAUUGACUUUGGCAAGACCACGGCAUUACCAGAAGGCCAGACGUUGAACCAUGACAUUCCCUGGCAGGAAGGCAACCGGGAGGAUGGCUACCUGUGGGGGUUGGAAAACCUGAUGCACACACUGGAGUCUGUGAGCAGAGGAGGGCCAAGCGAAGAAACCUUUUGCUCGGUUUCCAAAGAAAACAGCUAAACUACAGAAAGAGAUGGUCAGUGACCUUUGACCUGUAGAGGGGUGAAAGGAACUCAAACUGUUUUAAUGGACACCACAGAGACUCUUAGGGAGGUUUCAUUUGUUGAUUUGCUCUGGGUGAUCUAUAAGCAAUGUUAAAAAGAGUACAGAAAUGCUACAAUUUAGUGUAUAUGACGCGACUGACAGAAAAGACACGAGGGACACUGAAGAAAGACGAGCAAAGAAGUUGUCACUAUUUGUCAAACCUAGUCACUGAACGAGUAAGCAAAUUAACUGACACUAAUUCAACUUCCCACAAAAAGAACAGAAGUGAAAGCGUAGGGAUUCUGCAUUUCUGUUUCAUAAAGGGAUUAAGGUGUUACAUGUGAACGAAAUGCUCACAAAAUAUGAAAUAAAACAAGGAGAAAGUGAGCGGAUUACAAGUCACAAACUCAGUCCUCCUUAUUACCACCGACCACUCGGCCCUUGUGUAACUCAAAGGGGAAAUACUGCGCAGUAUGAAACUGACUACAACACAACGCAUUGUCACUAUAGUACUGCAGACUGUAUAAUGAUAUGAGUGUAGUAUCUUUCAUCGUUCUGACAAUCUGUCUUAUUGUAUAUUAGCUGAUGUUUCCUCCACUUUCUUUUAUUCCGGCCAACAAAUUUUAAUUUAAACUUAAAAACUCAAAUUAAACUUUAAUUAUUUUCACUUC